UCGCUCCGAGAAUGGACUAUGGCCUGGGGGUGUGGUACUGCGCGGAGGAAGGGGCUAUAAAUAGACAGCCCCUGCAGUGUAUGUUCAUCACACAGCUUCAAGUACUGUUGUUUAUACAAGUACUUCAAGAUCAUGGAAGCAUGGCCUCUCUUCUACAGCUUGACUGUCAUGCCCACGACCUCCCAUCGGAGUCUCUUCCAGAUCUUCCGACAUUCCCAAAGGCAAUUCCUAUUACAAUUCGUGCUGUUCUGCUGUUCCACUAUCACUGUCCUCGGUGGCUAUCGAUCUAAUCCCGUAUUUGUGACCAUUUUCGGAGUGUUGACGGCCGUUAUCACUUUUGUCGCGGCACUGGUUCAGGUCCUACGUGCAGAGAACCGCCCACCUUCUCACGAUAGGGACAUUGAGACUCGCCUUAUAGAUGAUCGUCCCUCACUCCGAGUAAGAACCCUGGCAGUGGUCCAGCAAGCCCCUGCGGCAACCGACUCGGAUUCUGGUGCGACCGCUCACGAUCGCAACACGUCGUCUGUUCCCACAGUCCAUGUAAGAACCCCAGAGAACACCACUGUUAUCCACCGAGUCCCGACUGUGACCAAAGUUCAAGCGACUCGGAGCCAAGAGGUAAAUCAUUGUCGAUGUCCUCUAUCCCGAUAUACACUGAGAUCCCACGUUAAAGCUUGUUCGCAAUACUACUUAUGUCCCACCGGCAGGGUGGUCAUACGCACCAAUGAAAGGCCCCGAUAGGCCUUUUCCACAGUCGCUCCGUCAUGAACAGGCGUGGGUUG